UCCUCCCUGCUCCUUAUGGCCUCCUCGCGCCGCCUUGGCAACAGUGCCCCGACGGCCGCGGCGCCAGUCCACUCUCUCUCGCACUGCGGCUGCGACACCAGGAAGAGCGGUCGGUCUGGCUUUAACGCUUUGUCUGUCUUAAGGAAGUUCAUCGGGUAUAACAAAAUGGCAGCCACGCGAUGGGGAAUCGCCAGCGCAGGUAUGAUUGCCAGCGACUUCGUGAGUGCUUUGAAGGCGCUUCCGGCAGAGGAGCAUCGACUAGUUGCAGUGGCGGCGCGCUCCCUCGAGAGCGCCCAGGCCUUCAGGGACAAGCACGGCGUCGAGAAGGCCUACGAGUCGUAUGCCAAACUGGCGGAAGACCCAGAUAUAGAUGUGGUGUACGUAGGAGUGAUCCAAGUGCAUCAUCUAGUAGUGGCUUCCAUGAUGCUGAAGGCAGGAAAGCACGUGCUGUGUGAGAAGCCUCUCUGCAUGAACGUCCAAGAAACGAAACAGCUGAUUGACCUUGCUAGGGAAAAGAAAGUCUUUCUCAUGGAGGUGAGGGGAGAGAGAAAGAGAGAGAGAGAGAGAGAGAGAGAGAGAGAGAGAGAGGCAUCCAAGGCACAACUUUCAGUGAUAUACUGUAAACCAGCAAUGUUAGGACCUUGGAGGAAAGACACGGGUGGAGGAGCCACACUAGACAUGGGGAUUUACACCGUCCAGUUUGCCACGCUGGUGAUGGGCGGCGACAAGCCCCUGAAAGUGCUGGCAGGAGGUCAUCUCAACCAGGAGGGCGUAGAUGUGGUGACAAGCGCCACCCUCGUGUACCCGAAGGGCCGGACGGCCUCGCUCAGCACCACUAUCAGAGCUGAUCUUCCGAGCGAGGCCUUCGUCGUGGGGACCAAAGGCACGAUCAAGGUCAAUUACCCGAUGUGGUGUCCCGAAUCCUUCGAAUCGCCCUCUGGGACGUACACUGCGCCCUUGCCAGUGACAGGUCAGACCUACAACUUCAAUAACAGUCAAGGUCUCAUGUAUGAAGCAGCCGAGGUCAGGCGUUGCAUAAACGCAGGUCUGCUAGAGAGCCCAGAGAUGACUCACGGGGAGUCCAUAACUAUAUCCGAGAUCAUGGAGCAAAUGAGGGCACAGGUGGGAGUCAUUUAGAAACAGGAGAAGCGGUCCCCUUGCGCUAGACACUUUUUCGGAAUGUUUUGAGGGGUAUCCCUAAAUAAACUUUACAGAAA